GCACAAGACUGCAGUUACCUUGUUUGGAGCUCGCGUUACGCACUUUCGCAGCCGUUUAUCAGCUGAUGCGAGGACAGUGCAGCGACUCGGAGAUUUAUUUACAGCGAGAGCAGCAGCAGCUGUAGACCUUGUGGGGAGACAGUUUGCACCAUUUGAAGCAAAGUUAAGCGAAUUAGAGACGAAAGCCGACGAGUUAUUAAACCCUGUAGACGGGAGUUUAAUGAAGAUGUUUACAGAUUAUAGGGCAUCAUUAAGAGCAGCAGCAGCAGAACAAGUGCUGCAGCUACAAGAAGAGAUAUCUGCUGUCUUGAUGCGUGUAAGAGAAGCAAAUAAAGAGAUGGAUAAUGUAUUAGAAAUCGCUGAAGAAAGCAGAUUAUCAACUUCUAUUGGCCUAAGAAAGACGCGAACACAUAUGCAAGAACUCUUAGUAUUGUUUCAAGAACAGACGCAGCAGCAGCUGCAGCAGCUAGCUCAGCAGCAGCAGCAAAGUGCUUUAGGAGAAGUAGAGAAGUUUAUUACAAAGCUAUCCUCUAUGCGUCUUAAAGAACAUGUUUUACAAGCAAUGAUAGAUAAAUUUGCAGCUGUUGUUGAGCAAGCUCAGGCCCUAAAAAAGUUUAAUAAACCGAUUACCUUCCUGGAUAUUAGCUCUGCUUUUGCGGGGCCGAAGCCUCAGAGUGUAUGCAAUGUUUUAUCGCAUUUACUACGCAAGAGAGUCUCUACAGAGCCUGUCUCUAUUGUAUUUGUCUACGGUGUCGAACCACCGCGAUUAUCUCGUGCAGAUACACCCUCUCUAUUCUUAGUUCCUACUGUCUCCUUACUGAGAUCAGCUGUCUCCUCGUGGAGUCAUAGAACGCGCAUAUAUGGUGAUAAAGGGUCUUCAUACAGCGUUGUUCGAGUUGAAGGAUGUUUAAUUGAAUCCUAUAGUGUACCCUUUCUUGAGAGAGAGAGAAAUAGCAUUGAAGAUGCUACAGAUGUUAGAGCAGCAACAGCACAAGAUAUACCGAUGAAGCUUGCUGAUGUUGUUCACGAGGCUAAUCUCGGUGGGGGCUUUGAACUUGCUUUCGGUGUUGUUAUAUAUCUGGGUGUAUUAACUGUAGAUUAUAUUAAACCUCCUUUAUCAAGAUUCUUAGCUCAAAGCAGAGUUUUGCUGGUUAGACAUAUGAUAAAUCAUAUAGAGCCACCCCACAAGGAUCUUGGGAUCGUCUGGGAUCGUCUCCAACAGCAGAUAUUUUUCGUUGAUUCUGUUGCUGCUGCUGUUAAAGAAGGUGUUUCUAAUGGUCAUGCUGUUCAGCUAACUGUAAGAAGAUUAGAUGUAGAAGUUAUAUGUUUUGCUGCUGCAUUACCGGUACCGCCUUGUAGGAGAGACCCUCAUCUAAGAGAGGCUAUACAUUUUAUACAAAUUCAGUUAACUAAGACUGCUUCAGGCUUCGUCUUACCUCAAGACUCAAUACUAGUAGGGGCUCUAACAGCACUUAUACGAUUAGUGCAUGCAGGGGGCCCCUCUUGUCCUGUUAUUGUCUCAACAUCUGUUCAAAGAAGAAGAAGACUGUGGAGGCCUACCCAGUACUCGGCAACAUUUGAUAUUGUUGAUGAUGAAGCACCUUUAACACCCUCUGCUGCUCUAUGCAGCAGCGCAAGCAGCAGCACAGGCACAACCGCAGCAGCCAAUGCUCAGCAGGGUAGAAAUGCAUGCACAUCUCCAGCUCCGAGGACAGCAGCAACUGCAGCAGCAGCAGCAGCUGCUGCAGCUGCUGCUGCUGUCGGAAACAGCAGCAGCAGAAAUCCUGCUGCAACACCAGCAGCAGGAAACUUAGCUUGUCGUGUGCAUCUCACGGGCCUCUCCUGUCUUGCUGCUGGAGAAGCAGCAGCAACAGCAAGAGAAGUAAAGGGCUUAACUCUUGCAGAGGCUGUUGCAUCUCUUGCAAAAACAAUAGAAGCUGUUGUGCUUCUUUCAGAGCCUUGGACGAGAGGAUAUACACUCUACGUUCAGGUUUGCAUCAAAGGCAUCACUUGCUAG